CAAUUGUCAUAUAACUUCCAGAUGACAGGUUCCUGGUUGCAUCAUAUCAGAUCUUUAUUACAUUAAGAACGGAAAAAAGAUCCUGGUAAGAGUUACUCUCGUGGGACCCUGAGAAUAUCAACCCCUGCCCUCCUGCAUCUUUGAUAAGCCGUCUCAUCGACCACCACAAAGAGAUCAAAGAGGAUGAAAGACUCGGGACUUCGAGUCCUAAAUGCCCCACCUAUGCAGCCGCCGAAUGCAGAAAACCAUUAUGUCCCGUCACAUUAGACUAUUUGCUAUACCACGCCCCGUGGUACAACAACCCCAACAACUCGUCUUGAGUUUGCCAAUCCGCCAGUUUGCAACCCCAUCACGCAACGGAUCCGGCUCAGAAUCACCCUAUUCAGACGAGGAAUACGCGGCUGCUCGGGAAUGGGCCUCAACAUUCAAGCCGGGCUCAUUACCACGAGACCUGGCACAAACACGAUUUGACCGGUCAUCAGGCAAGGGCGGGCAGCAUGUGAACAAGACAAAUUCAAAGGCCACGAGUGCGUGGCAGAUCAAGUCAAUAGCGCCAUAUGUGCCGGCAAUGGUGACCAAGGAGCUGCGUGCGUCGCGGUACUACUCUAAGAACUCUGAUUGCCUCACCAUUGCCUCCCAGGAAGGUCGCGUGCAGCGCGAUAAUGAGGAUAAUUGCCAUGAGAAGCUCUAUGAACAUAUUGCGGAUAUCGCCAAGCGAAUCAUUCCGGGUGAGACGUCGGAGGCUGCGAAGGCAAAGGCAGCAAAACAAAAGAAAAUUGGAAAUGCCAUCCGUUUGCAAUCCAAGAAGGAGCACAGCAUGAAGAAGCAAUCCAGGAGCAGCAAAGGGGGAGAUUAUUAGGACGGCAGAGUCGUCGCGAACUGCCACAUCUCGCAAAUGAUAAAGAGACAUGCAUGUCCACCGGGCCUAGGCUGUGGUAGGCUCGAAAGAAGUAAUGGCCAACUGAUAAUUUGGAUAUCAUAGUUGGAAGUGGGCCUUGGAGUCUGCCGUCGCGGGCAGAUUUACACUGUAAGAAAGUCGGCGAAUCAACGCAAGGCAGUCCGUCGAUGAACGAGAAUUUUAAGCAGAAUCAAAUGUAAAUAAUAGAUACAAGUAUGAUAAUUAUAUAGAUACCCAUAUCAUAGUACGGA